UUUCUUGGUUGUACAUAUAUAACGGUAUGGAGCUACUAGCAAAAUGCCCACACAACUCUGAUAAUUUCUUCAACACUGACUGACACUGCCUUUCGCAUAGCUAUGGCUGAUCGGGAUCGAAACAAGAAAGUCCUUUUGGAUUUGGUUAAACAUCCUAACAACAGCCACUGCGCUGACUGCGGAGCCCCAGAGCCCGACUGGGCAUCCUACAAACUAGGUGUCUUUGUGUGUCUGAACUGCUCUGGAACCCACCGUAACCUGCCUGCCAUUAGCCGCAUAAAGUCGAUACGCUUGGACUUCUGGGACGAUGACCUGGUCGAGUUCAUGAGAGCCAAUGGCAAUGCUGCGGCCAGGUCCAUUUAUGAAAGAACGGUCCCAAUCUUCUACUACAGACCACAACCGCAGGAUUGCGUAGUUCUGAGGGAUCAGUGGAUAAGAGCCAAGUACGAGAGGCGAGAAUUCACAGGAGAGAGCAUGCACCUUCAACAUGCCUACAGUUCAGGUUUCUAUGAGGGGAUUCUGUUGAAGAAAGGAAAGGACAACAAACAGUUCUUGAAAAGGAGAUUUAUCCUCUCAGCAAAGGAUUUCACCCUCAAAUACUUCACGAGAGAAGAUCAAUCCAAAGGUCCAAAAGCAGUCAUUGCCAUAAAGGAUCUGAACGCAGUCUUCCAGCCAGAGAAGAUAGGCCACAAACAUGGGCUGCAGAUCACCUACCUGCAGGAGGAGCACACUAGGAACCUGUUUGUUUACCAUGAUAGUGGAGAGGAGAUUGUGUUCUGGUUCAACGCAAUCCGAGCUACCCGUUACGCUUAUCUGAAGACUGCCUUCCCCGUGGCCAGUGACAGUGAGCUAAUUCCCUGGAUAACCAGAAAUUAUCUAAAAGAAGGCUACAUGGAGAAAACAGGUCCAAUGCAAAGAGAGCCAUUCAAAAAGAGGUGGUUCGUCCUGAACUCCCGAGACAGGAAAUUACUCUACUUCAAAACCCCGCUGGAUGCAGUUGAGCUUGGAGCAGUGUUCAUAGGCACAGAGAACCAUGGCUACUCAGUGAGAGAAAGCCUGCCGAAAGGGACGAGGGGGAACAAGUGGAAGUGUGGCGUAACGGUGGAGACGCCGGAUCGGCAGUUUGUCUUCAUGUGUGAGCAGGAGCGGGAGCAGAAGGAGUGGGUGGAGGCCUUCAGAGAGGUCAUUUCCCGGCCCAUGGUUCCUCAAGACUAUAACACUGAAGCCAAUAUGAGGAGGAGAAGAUAAUGGUGGAAGCAGUAAAAGACAAGACAAAUGAAAAAAGUAGAAGAGAAAGGGAUGGGGGAGAGGGAGAGAGACCCACCCACCCACUGGACAUCCUUUCUCAAUCACUCUCUACCUCCAGCCAGCCCUCCUCUCUGACACAAGACUCGGAAAAAACCAUACAGCAAGAGACACUAUGAACUAGCAGAAUUGGUGAAAUGACCAUUCCAGUCUCUGGAGCUGAGCCGAAGUUUCACUGACACAAGCUAACAUUCCUAGCACUGCGUCUGCUGGCCUUUUUGUCUGUGUUGUUUCAGCUUGAUUUGGUCAAAAUUAUGCUUUUACUGUAAUGUACCUAUGGAUCACCAUGGAUAAACCUGUCAUGUAUAAUGGAAGCAUUGAACUUUGUUUUUUUUUAUUGUUUAUUGAGGUUUUGUUUUUUAUCCCAAUGUCAAACACAGUUAAGCUGAAAUGUA